AUGUCAGUCAUGAACAGCACCUCCCUGUAUCCAUCCUCCUUCCUGCUUUUGGGGAUCCCAGGUCUAGAACAUCUGCACAUCUGGAUCUCCAUUCCCUUCUGCUCAGCUUAUACACUGGCCUUGUUGGGCAAUUGUACCCUCCUCUUCAUCAUUAGGGCAGAUGCCACUCUCCAUGAGCCCAUGUAUCUCUUUCUGGCCAUGUUGUCAGCCAUUGAUCUGGUCCUCUCCUCCUCCACAUUGCCCAAGAUGCUGGCCCUGUUCUGGUUUGGUGAUCAUGAAAUUAAUUUCCAUGCCUGCCUAACCCAGAUGUUCUUCCUCCACUCCAUUUCCAUAAUGGAGUCAGCCAUUCUCGUGGCCAUGGCUUUUGACCGGUACAUGGCGAUCUGUGACCCUCUUCACUAUGCCACAGUGCUAACACACGAACUCAUUGCCAGGAUUGGGAUGGCGGCUGUAGUUCGGGCUGUGGCACUUAUGACUCCACUGCCUUUCCUUCUCAGGCGUUUCCCAUACUGUCGAGGCCGGGUGAUCAAACACUGCUAUUGUGAACACAUGGCAGUAGUAAAGCUGGCCUGUGGUAACACACGGUUCAAUAACAUCUAUGGCAUUGCAAUAACCCUGGUUAUAGGUGGGAUGGAUCUCUUCUUUGUGGCCCUUUCCUAUGCGCUCAUUUUGAGGGCAGUCCUGAGGCUAGCAUCUCGAGAAGCCCGCUUUAAGGCCUUUGGAACAUGUGCAUCUCAUGUGGGUGCCAUCCUGGCCUUCUACACGCCUGCAGUGCUCUCAUCAUUCUUGCACCGCAUGGCCCGCCAUGCUGCUCCCCACGUCCAUAUCCUUGUUGCCAAUUUCUACCUUCUUUUCCCACCCAUGAUCAACCCUAUAAUCUAUGGCAUUAAGACGAAGCAAAUCCGUGACCGGGUCCUAGGUCUGUUCCACAGAAAGAAUGUGUAA